UCGUUUAUGUAUAAAUACUCAGGAUGCACAUGUAAACAUCGCAGUCUGCGGGCAGAAUCUGAAGCCACCACACACUCUCGCACCACCCAUUCAGUUUUAGAUCUAAAUUUAGUCUGCAAUGGGGAAGCUUCACCAACAAGGACGACAGCCGCAGGUGGGCAGUGGGGCAACGUCGUCAAACGCCAAGAAGAACGUGCAGUCUGCGGCAGAAAAACUUCACGAAUUGGGGUCUUUGAAGGAGUUUGUGAGGUUGAAAAGCAUUCAGUCCAUGCUCCACGCCUUGGACUUGGACAUUGUUGUUGAGCCCACGAAGAAGGGGAGGAGGAAAAGGAAGACUGGAGAAAGUGAUGAUGAAGGAGAAGCCGCUUCGGCAGACAAAGACAAUGCUUCUCCUGCCGCUGCUGAGAUGGAUAGCGAUCCAACAACAAAGGAGGAGAGGAGAGAAAGUGGGACAGCAGCAACACCAGAGGAAUUGGCGAUCGUAAGACCUGGUGACUGUGAUGCCGAUAAGACACUCAUCAUCCUCAGCAAAGUUUCUCGCUCUUGCAGGAGGAUUGUGGACAAAUUCUGUUUUUUCCCAAACCCCAGGAAAUUAUCUACUUCGAAUUUUUUCGGUGUCUUUUUCUCAAUCCUUGCUUUCAUCUUCUACUUUGAGCUCCACACCACACCGGGUUUUACAAGAAUGUGGCUGAAAUGGGAAAAUGUUGAGCUCCGUUCUGUGGAGUGCACCAUAGAAUCGCCUCACUUGGCGAUGGAGCUUUUUCGACCCCCGGUCGCUUGCAGCAUUUGUCACAACGUCACCUCCGUAGAUCGAGUUUCAAACAUAUCCCCAAAGGACUUCGAGAGACUAUACGCUUACUCUGGAACACCAGUUGUUGUCACCGAUGCGAUGCGUCAGUGGUCAGCCGCCUCUUCCUUCAACUUUGGGUUUUUCAAGGGAAUCUACGAGGAAGGAAGUCGAUCUCUGGAGCACCUUGGAGAGGACUGUUUGUUCUUCCCGUACGCCACAGAAUUCCACAGUCUCGCGGAAGUCUUCAACAUGUCCCAAGAAAGAUAUCAGGAGCCUUGGUACAUUGGAUGGAGCAACUGUGACGCCGACACAUCGCAUAUUCUUCGACAACACUACCACCGUCCAUACUUUUUACCUGAGAGAAGUGAGUCAACGCAUGCUGAUUGGCUAUUCAUGGGAACUCCGGGCUACGGUGCGCACAUGCACAUCGAUCACGUGAUUAAUCCAUCAUGGCAGGCGCAAAUAAAGGGAAAAAAACGAUGGUUCCUCCAGCCUCCGCCGGAAUGCUUUUACGAAUGUCAGUCCCUUUCCGUCGAUGUCCAGCCAGGAGAUAUAAUAACCCUCAACACGAACUGGUGGUAUCAUCAGACUCAGAUUCUCCCAGGGGAAGUAAGCAUCACGAUUGGAAGUGAGUAUGACUGAUCCUAAAAGGAUCUACUUCAUUCAGCCGUACUUCAUUUCUUCACCAACGCCGCCGCUCACCCAUUUUCCUUCAUCUUCACAUUUCUCGAGAAAAAAACAAAUGACAUCCAUCAACAAGCAGAGUUCCGAUCGAAGAAGACGAGAAUUUCAAGAUUGGAUCCUGAAAGAGAAAGGUUGGACCUGUCCAAUGCGAUGCCGUGAAUGAUGCUUCAAUCUGCAUGAUGUGACACGGAGCCAUCCUUAUUCUUCACUUCUGCAUAGUUACAUGUGUAGAUCGCAUUAUCCAUUAUUCCAUUAUGCACACAUAAAUAUUGGCUUUGUAGAUAAGUACAUUUGUGUGUGUUUGAAUUUGGGUUGGAAACCUCUCCUGCUUCCAAAGCCCUUAUGCAAAAGAAAAUUAUGUGUCACCAAAGAUUAAUGAACGGGGUAAUAUAACUUCGUAUUUAUGUAACUGUACAAGUGACUGUGCAUCCAUUCAUUCCAAGUACCUGUCUCAUUGAUCGCAUGUGCGUAUCUAAAAGUCCUCUAAAUAGAUAAUGUCCCGAUAUUUAUCCCUGAGUGAAAUAAAUUUAUAAAGAUGACUUCUUUUUGAGGUUACCUUAAACAAAUUAUAAAUUCAUUAAAAUGUUAUUUACAAUAAAAUAGAUUGAAGUACAAUUAUUUAGCAUUGGGUAUAGAUUAUAUUUAUUUAGCUCUAAAAUAUUUAUAUAAAUAUUAACGAAUAUCUUAAUGUUCAUUAUUUAAGCGUCUCCAAAUGCCCUGCUUUAUAGACACUUUUGUGAACUCGUCAGUAUCCAGUAGAGAGACAUUCACACUUUGCUAUCUACAUAUACCUAUAUAAAUAAUAAUUGAUGUACUUAAUUAAAAAUGAUAAUAAAUGGGAUGGUAAAACAAUA